UCGUAUACCUGAACAGGUAAUAGAAGCAACAGGUCAUUCCAUCGGGGGGAGCUCCGCGCCCGAGCGGCUGACUGACUCGGCUGCGCUCGCAACGACCGCGCGCCAGCCGCGACCGCCGCCAGUCGCGUUCUGCCUUUCACAGGGACCGUGUGUCCGUUCGCGUUCGCCGCUCGUCGACUUUCACGCGAGCGAUCGUAUCGCGUUCCGAGUUAUGUGCGCGAACGCACGCUUCGAUAACCCUCCGUCCGUCCGAUCGUGACAGUGCCAAUGUCUCCCAGCCUGGAGGGGAUCAUGUUCAACAGGAGCCCGAACCUGUCGGCGCGACGGCCGCUGCUCGCCGAGCCGCAGAAGCCUGCGGUGGUCCCGCCGAGGGCGCCGCCCCGGGACUACGGCCCGCAGAGGCCCUCGCCGGCGCCCCGACACCUGCCGCCCGACCGACGCUACCAGCCGGAGUGCUGGAAACCGUCGAACGUCGAAAUCGAAAAACGACUUCAGGAGACGAGAGCCCGAGAAAAGAUCGGCUACUUCCAAGACAAAAUAACGCCUCCAGAGUUGAAUUUGGACCGUAGGGAGGCGGAGUUAGUGUUCAGAUUCGAUCCUCACGCGUCCGCGGAAUAUCUUUCGGGUCAGUAUCAAGCUCCUACGGUUCAAUAUGCAAAGCCCCCGACGCCGGUGAACGGGUUCGCUAACCGUCUGCCGGAGAGAGACGGCCCCUUCGUGUUCGGCGUGCACAGCCCCAGCCAGUUCCCCAUCCCGCGCCGGGAGGACGACGACUACGACUACUCGGAGGUGGCCGAGGAGAACGGCCGCCCCGUCGUACGGGACGACGAGUCCGCUGACUUGAAUUGCUGUGAUAAAGUGAACGAGUGGGCAGUGCGGGACAAGAAGAGCCGGAGGACACUGAAUCGAAUGUUCCAAAUCAAGGAUAGACGAAAAGUGAAAGGUGGGAAGAAGGAGAAGAUAAAGUGUGUGUUAGUGGGUGACGGAGCAGUGGGCAAAAGUUCUCUGAUAGCUGCGUACGCGCAGGACACAUUCCGGGAAGAGUAUCAACCCACGGCGUACGACACGUUCAAUGUUGUGGUGGACGUUGAUGACCGGCCGGUGUGCGUGGAAAUCUGUGAUACUGCGGGGCAGGACUCGAUGUCUCCGCUCCGCGCGCUGUGCUAUCCGGGCACCGACGUGCUCAUGCUGUGCUUCUCCGUGGUGCGGCCGGAGACGUUCCGCUCCGUGGCCGAGCGGUGGACGCGCGCGGUGGCCGGUGUGCGCGCACCCUUAGUGCUCGUGGGCACGCAGAGCGACCUGGCGCUCGACGCUCGUGUUAUACAAGCUUUAAGAUCGCGUGGCGAGCACGCGGUCACAGAAGCGGAGGCGCGGGCGUUGGCAACAAAAAUAAACGCCGUCUAUGUGGAAACCUCCGCGAAAACGAGGAAGCAACUGAAGGACGCUUUCGACGCCGCCAUCUUAGCGGGGUUGCCAGUUGUAUCGAGCAAACGACCCUUUUGGAAGAAAUUGUUGUGUAUAAAUUAGCAUUAAAAUAUAUUUAAAAUAAUUGUUCCAACGACAGAUUCGUGUAAAAUGUAUUUUUUUAUGGAUUGAAUGUUGUUGCUAAAAAUGGUUUACUCACCAGCGGUUAAAUUGAUAAUUGCAGACUGAAACCAUUAGCAAUUUAGUAACUUAUGAAACUGAAGAUCCAUUAAUACGUCUGUUAAACCCAUAGUGUUAUCCCAAAAUCAAUUAGAAAUUAAACAUCAUUGUGGGUAUUAAUCAACUGAAAUGGAAAUGUAAAACAUUUUUAAAAACCUCAAUACAGGUAUAGCAUGACAUGAUCUACUUUUGUUGAUAUGAACAUUCCUAAAUAAUAUGUUAUAAACUUAUAACUAGAUAAUAGGUCCAUUCAAAAGACAAAUAACGUCGAAAAUUGUUAUACAAUUGUGAGACUGUGACCCAUAUUACAAUCAUUAUUAUCAAUUAAUUAUUUAAUUGCAUUUCAUCAAUCAAUGCAUUUCCAAUUAAUACACUUCAAUAAAACUGUGCAUUAUCUAAUAAAAAUAAUUAUGAAAUGUUACCCACACUUAAUAAAUUCGGGUAAUAAUAAUUAAAAAAUACUUAUAAACUCCAAAGUCUAGUAUAAAAACGUUGAAGAAUAGGAAAAAAGUGUUAUUUCAUAUAAGUAUGCAUGUGCCUUAAAAAUAUAGUAUAAUAAUAAAGUUGAACAUUUUUUUAUCUGCAAUGUUCUGGAUGAUUGAUGAUUGUUUAAAUCUGACAGGAACCCAAAAAUUUCCAAGUUAUUCCUUAUAAAAUUAUGACAAAAUAAUAAAAAACAUGUGAUCAAAAAAUAAAUAUUGUUUGUGCCUUUUAUUAAAUUUGUGUCAAAUUGUUUCAUUUUUAUUUAAUUAAAUGUCUUUGAGGCUGCUUUUUAUAGAUGUGUUGCAUAGCUACAAUUUGUUGUGUUGUGUAACAGUGUGUUUGAAGUUUGUAGUUAAAUAUUUUAAUGAAUUUAUCGAUAAAUUUUGACAUUUGUACAGUAAAUUUAUGUAAUUAUAAUGACGAUAUCAUGAAAAAAUAAUAAAACAGAUUAUUUUAAUUGUUAUACUCAUAAGAUGUAAAUAAUAAGCAGGAAUGUAUGUUAAUGUUGUUUUAUACUCAACACGAACUGAUAAUUAUAUUUUAUUACAAUUUA